AACCAAACAGAAUGAGAGUAAAGUCCAACAACAGCAGAGAGUCGACUGGGUCAAAAUUCAUUGAGAUUCUUCAUUUGAAGUUCUUUUCUAAUAAUAAUGGAGAUUCCAGUGUACACGGUAGAUGCCUUUACUAAUUUACCGUUUAAGGGAAACCCUGCAGCAAUUUGUCCUCUAAUGCAUGAACUGAGAGAUGACUUGUAUCAGAGGAUAGCAGCAGAGAUGAACCUGUCAGAAACAGCUUUCAUUACCAGAAUCAACCCCUCUGAAACCUUUACCACAGGAUCGAGGUUCAGACUCCGAUGGUUCACACCAACCAAUGAAGUAAAUCUGUGUGGUCAUGCCACUCUGGCCUCCGCAGCGGUGCUGUUCAAGCAUAAGAAGAAUGUGAAUCCUAAACUGGUGUUUGAGACAAGGAGUGGUGAUCUGGCUGUCACCCAGCAGGGGGAAGGGUACGUCAUGGACUUUCCUCUCAACCCACCCACCCAGGAGGAUGCAAAUGACUUCAGAGACCUCAUCAAGGUUGCAGUUGGAAACCACCCAAUCCAGGAUGUCUAUCUUUGCGGCCAAACUAAAAAACUGUUGAUUCAACUGUCUGACAGCUGUGACAGGUCAGUCCUAACCAGUCUGAAGGUUGACCCUGUAGCUCUCCAGAGCAGUGACACAAGUGGAAAAGUCAAAGGACUAAUCAUCACCAUGAAAGGAUCCCCCGAAAUUCAGCCUGGAUACGACUUCUACUCCAGAUACUUUGCUCCAUGGAAUGGCGUCGCUGAGGAUCCAGUCACUGGUUCUGCCCACACCGUGCUGGGGAGCUACUGGUCCAAGAAACUGGGAAAAAAUAAAAUGCUGGCUUACCAGUGCUCCAGUCGAGGCGGGGAGCUGGAACUAGAAGUUAGACCUGACGGCAGAAUAAACAUAUUCGGAGAGUCUGUCACUGUGCUGCAGGGAACCAUCACCCUGUAGAACAGGAGGGUCUGGGUGGAUGUGUACCUUCAAACAGGCUCCUAUAUGAUUUUAAAAAAUUAUAAUGGGUCAACUGGAAUAAAGCUCUAAACAAAGUAUUGUUUCGGAAUGGUCAAUCUAAUACUGAAACAUCAGUAAGCAUGCAG